AUGGGUAUCACUGUAGUAGGUUCGUUGAACUAUGAUUUAGUAACAUAUACAGAACGUAUCCCUGUUGCUGGAGAGACUUUUAAUGCUGAAUCUUUUGAAACACACUCGGGUGGUAAAGGUUUGAACCAAGCUAUCGCUUUGGCUAAAUUAGUCAAGCCAUAUUCAGAUGAUGAUAGUCGAUCAGUUCAAGUGAGAAUGGUUGGACAUGUUGGUUCUGAUUCCUUUGGAAAGCAAUUAUUGGAUAAGCUUCGGGAGCAUAAGAUUGAUACCAAGCACGUUGACCAAGUUCAAGGUGAAUCUACUGGUGUAGCAGUUAUUGUUGUGGAGAAAUCUACAGGUCAGAAUAGGAUUCUCAUAACUGCAGGUGCUAAUUCUCAUACGGUGUAUUCAAACGAGCAACUAGAGAAGAUAUUCAGUAAUAAGGACAAAGAGUUUGUAGUGUUUCAACAUGAGAUUCCAAACCCUCAAGUUAUUAUGGAUUGGCUCAAGCAUAACAGACCUAAUUACGAAGUUGUGUACAACCCAUCACCUUUCCAUAAAUUAGAAAAAAAGGUCUGGAGAAAUGUUGAUCUUCUUAUUGUGAAUGAGAUUGAAGCAAUGCAGAUUAUAGAGUCCUUGGACACUGAGGACAUUGUUUCUCAUUUCAAGAGUAAAAUUACUAAAGAAAGUUAUGCAAGUGGCUAUCUCGAAAUAGCACAACAUUUUCAAAGUCAGUUAAUCAGUCAGGAUCAUUCAGCUGUAGUAAUUAUAACUUUGGGUGAGCAAGGCUGCGUCUUCUGUUCAAAACAUUGCCCUGAAGGAGGAUAUUUGCCAUCGAUUAAAGUUGAAAAAGUUGUAGACACAACUGCAGCAGGUGAUACAUUCCUAGGGGCUGUCGUGUCACAACUACAUGAUAAUCAAACUUUGGAAGAUUCGAUAAAGUUUGCAACUACUGCAAGCUCGAUUACAAUAACUAAAAAGGGUGCCGCUGAAACCAUCCCUGUAUACUCAGAUAUCAGCAAGAUUUAG